AUACACCCUGGAAAGCUCCUUGAUGUUUCCUGGAGCGGGGAUGGAGAGGCGGAGGUGGCCCCGGCUGGCGUGGGGAUUAUAGGCGAAGGAAAAUCCUCCGCGGCAGCCUAGGGGGCACUCCGAGCUGGCGGCGGAGCCGGGGACUCUCGCACACGCUUGGGAGGCAGGCAAGGCAGCUCCCCGCAGGAUCCAGAGAAAGACGAACGAGACGGACAAAGAAACCGAAGCGCCCAUGGGGAAAGGCGGGGAGCAAGGCGAAGAAUGCGGCGGCGGCGGCGGCGGCGAACGGGAGGCGCCGGUUCCCUCCUAUACCUGGGAGGAGAUCCAGAAGCAUAACCUGCGCGCGGACAAGUGGUUGGUGAUCGAGCGGAAGGUGUACAACAUCACCCAGUGGGCUAAAAGGCACCCGGGGGGGAUCCGCGUGAUCAGCCACUACGCCGGCGAAGAUGCCACGGAUGCAUUUCGGGCCUUUCAUCCAGAUAUCACCUUUGUAAAGAAGUUUCUUAAGCCAUUAUUGAUUGGAGAACUUGCUCCAGGAGAACCCAGCCAAGAUAGAGGAAAGAAUUCUCAGCUAGUAGAAGAUUUCCGUGCCCUGAGAAAGACAGCAGAGGACAUGAAGCUAUUCAAAUCCAAUCCUAUAUUUUUCUCCCUUUAUUUGGCUCACAUCAUUGUGAUGGAAAUUUUGGCUUGGUUAAUGGUAUCAUAUUGUGGGACAAGUUGGAGCAUAACCUUGGUACUUUCCUUCAUCCUCACAGUCUCUCAGGCCCAGGCUGGGUGGUUGCAGCAUGACUUUGGACAUCUCUCUGUAUUUGAGAAGCCUGUAUGGAACCAUGUAGUUCAUAAGUUUGUGAUUGGUCACUUGAAGGGUGCUUCAGCAAAUUGGUGGAAUCACCGGCACUUUCAGCACCAUGCAAAGCCAAACAUAUUUAAGAAAGAUCCAGAUGUGAACAUGCUGCAUCUCUUUGUCUUGGGAGAUACCCAACCUGUGGAGUAUGGAAAGAAGAAGCUGAAAUACUUCCCUUAUAAUCAUCAACAUGAAUACUUCUUUUUGAUUUUCCCACCUCUCCUUAUUCCAGUAUAUUUCCAAAUGCAAAUCUUCACAACAAUGUUCAAACACAAGUUCUGGGUGGACCUGGCAUGGGCCUUCAGCUACUAUGUACGCUACUUUAUCACCUACAUCCCAUUUUAUGGAUUUCUUGGGUCCCUGCUUCUCCUCACCUUUGUCAGGUUUAUGGAAAGCCAUUGGUUUGUUUGGGUUACUCAGAUGAAUCAUAUUCCAAUGGAAAUUGAUAGUGAGAAGCACAGAGACUGGCUCAGCUCCCAGCUGGUAGCUACUUGCAAUAUUGAACAGUCUUUUUUCAAUGACUGGUUCAGUGGACAUCUAAACUUUCAAAUAGAGCACCACUUGUUUCCCACAAUGCCACGCCACAACUACCAUAAGAUAGCACCGUUGGUAAAGUCCCUGUGUGCCAAGUAUGAAGUUCCUUAUGAAGAAAAACCUCUUCUGAGAGCAUUUGCAGACAUUGUUGGAUCCCUAAAGAAAUCUGGAGCGCUGUGGUUGGAUGCUUAUCUCCAUAAAUGAAGCUGGAUUUUGGUGAAGAGAAUGACUUAGCAAAGGGGAGGGCUGGGGAAAGGGGUAAUAUGUAUUCUUCUUGUCUGAUUUCAGUCUGUAUGUGUACACACAUUUGGAAAGAAUUUUCCUGUACUGUAUUGUCAAACUGAAGUUAAGGCAGAUUGAGGGAACCUAUUUUAAAUCAGAAGGAAUUUCAGAUGUGUCAGAUAUUGGGGAAAAAAGAGAGAAAAGAUUCAACACAGGGUAGCUCAGAAGGUUAGGACCUUUUAAAGAGAACAGACAAAGGUGUGAAAGAAGGAGAAAGUUGAUCUUUGUAUCUUCUCCUAAGUCUUGCUGUUAUAGUUCCAGCUCUGUCUCUUACCACAGGGGUUUUCAAAGUUCUUCAGGAUUUUUUCAAUUGAAAAAAAAAAAACUCAGAACCCAAUUAAAUUUAAGCAAAGCAAUGACUCAUAAUAAAUGCAAAUAUCCCUCCCCAACGGGGUUGGAGUUUUUGAAUGUUGGCCAAACAGCCCCACCCUUUCCAUUGUACCAUGGAAAAAUUGCUGCAGACAACCAUAGGCUGUGUUUGAGUGGACUUUUUUCUUGCCCUUAGUCUCUCAUGAAACUCCAGGGUUCUAUAAAACACAGUUUAAAAAAAGCUGACAGAGAUGGUUGGGUUAUAGGGAAUCCAGCUAUCUAUUUGAUCCACAUUAAAUACAGGAAGCUUAGUUGGUUCUUUCAAAGAAUGAACUGUAAACAAAUUUAAGGACUUAUUCUCCUUAAUAAUGGUCGCACAAGAGAGGAGGAAAGGGUGAGAUAUGUUUAAUCCAGAGAAUAAUAUCUAAAUUAUCAGGUAAAACUGCUUACAUUCCAUCUAAGGGAACAAAUCCCACCCAUUGAUUUAAAAAAAAAAAAAAUUAAAGAUCAAGUAACUAAGUAUUAUCAGACAUCUAAUGGAACCUUUCUCCUUUUCCAAAAUGGUCAGGUGAAAAUGCUUACAUUCUAAUGUUUUUAAGAAAUCAAAUAAGAAAGCAUUGUCUCUUAUCAAAUGAAGCUUCUGUUCUCAGUUUCCAACACACACACACAAGCACAGCUGCAAAACAUUUUCUCUGAAUUUGGAUAAAAACUUGGUAGGGAUUUGCAUAUGCAUAUGUUUCUUGAAUUUUCCCUACCUCUUCUUGUCAUACUGUUUGAAGAAAAUUUAAUGUGCUUCACUUACACUGAGCCUCCUGGAGGUUAGUUCCUAUUCUCUCUUCAAUGAACAAUUCAAAUGCCUGUUUACACUGGAUCAACCAACCUAAACCAACUUUGGGCUAUGUGUGUAUCCCUAACUAGAUUCCUAACCAAAUAAGAGAUACUUUGUGCAUAUAGAUGUGCAUGCAUGGUUCACCAGCCAUUGCUGUAGACAGACAGCUGCACUUAACAGAAUGGAUUUUAGAAUGAGCAAACAGGAAAGUCUGUUUAUCAUUCUCCAUGCCUAAACAGCUGAUUAGUAACAACAAUGGGCUGUACAUUUACAUUUUUACACUAGGACCAGCAAGUUCGUGUUUGGCAUCAUUGCUCAGUUCAGUCACAAUUUCUACAAGAACUGACAUAAAACAUGCUUGCUUUAAACAGAAACUUUUAAAGAUUUGCUUCAGGUUCCAUGCAUGGUAAUUCUUAAUUACUACUGUAUAUACAAUUGCAAACAAAAUCACUGGCAUUUUUUCCUCCUCUUAAUCAGUCUAUUUUACAAUAUCUAAUUCAUUGGGGAAUCGGUUUUUUAAAGAAACCAUUUACAGUGCAUGGCCAAUGUUUUAAAAGGACCAAAAGUAGACAAACUUUGUCAGACAGUGUGAUAUAUAGAUAUUGCCUUAAAUCUGAGUGCAGUCACCUAGUCUGUUUUCCAAAAUCAAAAUAAUAUAAGAUCUCUCUAGUUUUAUUCCUGAUGUGGAAUUCCAGAGGCCUUUUAAGAAUUACUUUAAUCACUUACAAUUCAUGACAACAGUUUGUUUGUUUUUAUAUAUUGAGAAGACACUUGACUUUGUUUUCUGUGGUUGUAUAGAUAAUUUCCUCUGUUAAUUUUGCUAAUUAAAAGCAUCUAUAUAUGAAAUUUUAAAAAAAUCCCAAAACAAGACAAUCUCCCUCAUCGCUUUAUGGCAUCAGAAGUUCAAUUUCUAGAAGCAAUCCAGCUGCAACUGAUGUGUUUUCUCUCAUUUAUUUCUUAUCCCUGCUGAGAAUUGUGAUUCUCUCAGUACAGGGAAUCCCUACUUGCAGAGGAUAAAAAAGUAGUUUGAAUGAUUAAAAAUAGAGCUUAUGACAGCAAACUAAAAAAAAAAAUCAAUUUUUUUAAAAGUAAAAACUAAUAAUUGAAUUAUGUAGCUCUUGACCAUAUGUGAAAUUGUCCCAGUUCUGCUGGCAUCUAGUUAGAGUCUUAGACAGUUCAGGUAAUUUAAUCAGCCCUGAAACUCAUUGUGUGUCUAUAUUGGAAAUAGUUACCUUGGCUAACAUACAAUAUAAGUUUCUUGUGAUUAAAACAUUGAAUAUAGUUACCUAUCCACAUAUACCACACUGAGCUUCUGGGAAAAAGCUAAUUUAAGAAAUUAAUAAGUCCAUGUGAAUGUAUUCCCCAGAAAUGCUAGAGACAUUGUGAUGGGCAAGGCAAUAUACCGGUAUUUGGUGAAUCAGUUCUUGGACAUUUCAGAACACUAAGAAGUGUUACCAAAUAGAAACUUUCAGAAAUUUCAAUUCAAGGAUUUCAAAAUUAUAAAUCAAGUGCACUAAAUAUAUGUAUGCUACUAGCAAAGAAAUCCAACUGAAUGAUGAGCAAAAAGGCAUUUAAUUUUUGCUAAUGAAAUGUUGGACUCUCUUUCGCAAUAGUUUCAUUGAAAAUUAUAUUAUACAGAUAAAACUAAUGCAACUACAUAGUACAGAAAGACAUUUUAAAAAUUUAAAAGUGCAAAAAAGGGGAAAGAAAAGGAACAAAAAAGAUAAAAGAAAAAACCUCUCCCUGUAUCCUCAGCAAGCAUACUCAACAGGUUAUUACUAAUACAACCAAACAUCUCUUCGUUCCACAUCUCACCCUAUUCUCCAUAAGCCUGUCUCUAAAAUGUCCAUGUUAAUCAGCAAAACCCAGUAAGCAUUAGCAGAAAUAAGUAUUACAAACUUUUAUCUGGUACACCCAAUUUGAACCUGUUUGUAUUUAUAUCUAGUUAUAUUUAAAAGAUCCUCCAUUUCUUCUAUUCAAAUAGAGUCUAGUCCCAGUUAAAAACAAUUAAACAUUAGCAGAAAUAACCAUCAUCAUCCAGUCCCAAUCAGAAAACCAUUUAAUCCCAACAGAAAGAACAAUUCAUUAUUUUAAUUUUGAUCAAAUAAAUUGAAUUGUAUUCAUUCUUCUUUCUCCCAACCAUCUUUGAAUUCAUCACAGAAAGUUCUAACAUCUGCUUUCUCAUACUCUUUUUCUCUCUUCUCGCAAAAUUCUUGUCAUUUUUGUCAGGCCCCUUUUGUAAUUCCAAUGUGACAACUCCUGCAAAUGUUUUUUAUAAAUCCAAUAUAAGAAAAUUAUCCAUAUCACUCUUCUGAUUUGUACUUCUUUUAAUAUUUUAAAAAUCUUCAUUCAAUUUCAGUUUGUAAAUCCAUUGUUUUCAUCCCUUUCUUAUAGACUAUAAUUUUUUUAAACCACCUAUAAGUCAAUUUCAGUUUUGUUCAAUGGGAUUUGUUCAAUAACACCUUCUGAUUCUAUUAUAGUAGCAGUCUCCAACUUUUCUGGCUCCAUGGACUGGCGGCAUCAGUGAUGGGGGGAGAUGGUUUCGUAUGUGUAACCUAAUCCUGUACAUGCAAAUGAAGCUUUACGCUCUUGCCCAUCACUUGCACUGCACAGUUUCCCACGGGGCCCGGACUAGUACUAGUCCAUGAUCCAGGGGUUGGAGACAUCUGUAUUAUAAACAUAAAUAACUCAAAGACUUCCUUCACUCUUUCAUCAAACAUUUAUUUUAUUUUUAUUUUUUUAAAAUUUGAUUUAUAUGCCGCCCUUCUCCAGAGACUCAGGGCGGCUUACAAUGCGUUAAGCAAUAGCCUUCAUACUUUUUUGUAUAUUUAUACAAAGUCAGCUUAUUGCCCCCACAAACUGGGUCUUCAAUUUACCUACCUUAGAAAGGAUGGAAGGCUGAGUCAACCUUGAGCCUGGGGAGAUUCGAACUAGCAGUAAUUGCAGGCAGCUGAAUGAUAAUAACAGGCUAUUAGUCUGCUGCGCCACCAGGCUCCUUUUAAGGUAGCCAUUGGGUUCCCUCUAGUGUUGAACUUUCAAAGUAUCAGUUUCAAAGUAUAAAAAAGAGCAUUUUCCCAUGAGAGAAGAUCCUUUUAAUUUGAUUCAAAGUCUUAAAUCAAGUCAUCUUGAUCCCUUGAUUUAACAUUUUCUAAAUCCAGCAAUAAUUAUUAUGUUGCUGUAUACUAAAAAAUGUUACAAAACUUUAACAAGUUUUUUAAAAAAGAAUUGAAGGAAACUCGCCUGUAAUUUCAGUAAAAUUUGCCAGACUGAUAUAUAAAAGAUUUGCCAAGCUUAUAUAUACAUAUACAUAUAUAUAUACAUAUAUACAUAUAUAUAUUAAAAAAAACCAGCCAAAUGGGAGAAAAAUUAAAUACAAAGUGAUUAAGAGAUGAAUCUCAGUCAAACAUAUGAUCCAUAUAGACCAGAGGUCUUCAAACUUGGCAGCUUUAAGACUUUAAGCUAUGCUGGCUGGAGAAUUCUGGGAGUUGAAGUCCACAAGUCUUAAAGCUGCCAAGUCUGAAGACCUCUGAUAUAGACAAUGUUAACGGCUAUAAGCACAAAGAAAUCCCACCAUUUAUAAUGAGUUGACCACAAAAUGAAUGCAUUUCCUGAUGUCUGCUCACAAAAACAGCUGUGUGGGGUACAUGCAGGUAAUUUUACAAUCGCUUUACUUUGGAGAUAUUUUGGCAGCACAAAAGCAUUUGGGUGCCAUUUUCAGCCACAAUAUGUUUUUCUAACAUCAGUUUGUCAUGAUGUCUCACUGGAAGCUUGAAAUAUUGGGUUAACUCUCAAAGAGUACAUGUCAAAUUGCAGUCAAAAUUUUUCCUAAUGCCUAUUCAUUGCUUCUUGAUAAUUGGCAAGUAAUGGAAUUCCUACUUGCCACUAUGCAUAUAACUACCACAAAGGUGGUUUUAACCUUAAUUAGUCAAGAUAUUUUUUAUUAUGAAUCUGAGAAUCUCUGGUUCCAGAAUUAACAGAAACAUUCCAUAUUUUUAGCCUCUUUAGAACAUAAUAUAGGGAGUGAGUAAACAUUAAAUUAUGGAUAACACAAUACUUUGCCUUAAUCCAGACUUUUCCUAUCUGAUGUCCUCCAGAUGUUUGGAGCCAGAGCCUUUGAGUUUUCCUAGAUUGGGAUAUGGGAGUUUUGAAGUUCUGGAGGGUAGCAGAGAAAGGAUGUCUUAAUAUCUCAGGGCAUGACCCAGCCAAAGUUAAAUGUGAGCAGUUUAAGCACAUAAUUUAGCAUUGACUCAUAUAAAUGUUGGCAUUUGGCUUAGUCAUGCCUGCCUAGUUCCAUGAAUGUACUUCAUUUUCUUUGUUGCAACAGGAAUGAGCACAAAAAUAAAGAUCCUGUAGCAUCUCUUAUGCAGUCUUCCAAUUGGACAGCUCACUUAAUCUGAAGGCUUCUGAUUUCUUUGUUGUUCUCUCGACCUUUUGUUCCAGAACAAUUCAUUUCUAUCAGAACUUGCAGGAAUUUCCUACAGUUUUGUUCCACUCCAGCCACCUUGCAUUGCCUGGCUAUUUUCUAUUUGUUUAACUCAAGAGGAGCCCCAGAAUGUUGGGAUUUCAGCCUUCUCGAUUCAAUAGCUUUAUUCUUACCAGGUUAUUAAUAUUUUUUUAAAAGUCUGUAAAACACCCUGCACUGCCAGCAGUUUUGGGGAAAGGCAGCUGCAUCUAAUGAUAGCACCUCUAGGUAAGAAUCAUUGUUUAAAAUAAACAGCAAUGUUGCUGGGACAAUCCACAAAAGAAGGGGCCAUUCACAGUUGUACAUAACAAUUUUUUGCAAAUAUAACAGCCCCACUAGAAUAAGAUAGGCAGAGGAAAGGAAAUGGUGUGAUAGUUACUUUUCCUUCCUUAACUAAAAAGCUCAAUGGUUGCUUAAAUUUUCUUGUUUGUGAAAAAACAUUGAAAAUAAAUGGUAGAAAUAAAUUGAAAUAAAAUGGUAGCUUUUGCA